UGGACGGUGUGCAGGCAGGUUCAAGGCGCUGAGAUUCGGCCUCUUUGGGGUACAGCCGAUUCCACCAGGGUCGGCCGCUUACUCUGCCUUUCCGCAGGGUCUCAGCGGCCCUGUGCGAGGACCGAGGCUUCAGAGCUGCUGAGUGGGAGCCAGCGUCUCUUCUUCUUCCUGCUCUGGCGGGGGCUUUGUCGUAGCGGAUCGGACCACGGGGUGCCCCUCAUGGCGGGGCAGCGGGUGGAGGUCGACGGCGGGAUCAUGGAAGGGGGCGGCCAGAUCCUGAGGGUCUCUACCGCCUUGAGCUGUCUCCUGGGCCUCCCCUUGCGAGUGCAGAAGAUCAGAGCUGGCCGCAGCACGCCCGGCCUGAGGCCUCAACAUUUAUCUGGACUGGAAAUGAUCCGAGAUUUGUGUGACGGGCAACUGGAGGGGGCAGAAAUUGGCUCAACAGAGAUAACCUUUACACCAGAGAAGAUCAGAGGUGGAAUCCACACAGCAGAUACCAAGACAGCAGGGAGUGUAUGCCUCUUGAUGCAGGUCUCAAUGCCCUGUGUUCUCUUUGCUGCUUCUCCAUCAGAACUUCGUUUAAAAGGUGGAACUAAUGCUGAGAUGGCACCACAGAUCGAUUACACAGUGAUGGUGUUCAAGCCAAUUGUUGAAAAAUUUGGUUUCACAUUUAAUUGUGACAUUAAAAUGAGGGGCUACUACCCAAAAGGGGGCGGUGAAGUGAUUAUUCGAAUGUCACCAGUUAAACAAUUGAACCCAAUAAGUUUAACUGACCGUGGCUCUGUGACUAAGAUAUAUGGAAGAUCUUUUGUUGCUGGUGUUUUGCCAUUUAAAGUAGCAAAAGAUAUGGCAGCGGCAGCAGUGAGGUGCAUCAGAAAGGAGAUCAGGGAUCUGUAUGUUAACAUCCAGCCGGUUCAGGAAUCUAAGGACCAAGCCUUUGGCAAUGGAAAUGGGAUAAUCAUUAUUGCUGAGACAUCGACUGGCUGUUUGUUUGCUGGAUCAUCACUUGGUAAACGAGGUGUAAAUGCCGACAAGGUUGGAAUUGAAGCUGCUGAAAUGCUAUUAGCAAAUCUUAGACAUGGUGGUGCUGUGGAUGAGUAUCUGCAAGAUCAGCUCAUCAUUUUCAUGGCAUUAGCCAAUGGAGUUUCCAGAAUAAAAACAGGACCAGUUACACUCCAUACGCAAACGGCUAUACAUUUUGCUGAACAACUAGCAAAAGCUAAAUUUACUGUGAAGAAAUCAGAAGAUGAGGAAGAUGCCACUAAAGACACUUACAUUAUUGAGUGCCAAGGAAUUGGGAUGACAAAUCCAAAUGUAUAGGGUAUUUGCCUUUUAAAGGAUACCUCAAUGAUGUAUUGCACUAAUUCAUUUCAUAAAUACUACCAAAUGAUGUAUAAGAAGUAAUUUACUGGAGAUGAAGUAUUCUAGGUUUGCUGAGAAAAUUUCAUCAAAUUCACCUCUUUGAAUAUCUCCUGAGAUGCGGACAAUGAAAUGUAAAGUUGUUGGAUAUGUAUGAUAGUAAUUUCAAUGUAAAUGUAAUAAAAUAUUCUUUUUACCUGAAGGAAGUUUGCUUUUCGUUUUUUAUAUCAUGAAGUAAGUCAGGGUGUAGCUUUGAUCUGUAAUUUGUAUAUAGUUCUAACCACUCUACUGAAAUUUCAUCUAAGUAUAAUGAGACAACUUUAUACAAAUAUAUUUACUAUGUCAACAAUAACAUUUAAUAAGCAUUGUCUUAUAUGUACCUUCUGCCUACUUGGCAUUUGGUAGAUAGUUAUUGAAUUUGAAUUUGUUGAGUAUGUCUUGAAUAUCAAACAAAACAGGGUUGCAGAAUUUUAACCCCAGUAGAUUUGGCCAGAUUCAGCCCCAGAUAUGUUUUUGUUUGGAUUGUGAUAUUAAAAAAUAAUUGAGUGCCUUCAGAAGGGAAUGUGAUUUUCAUCACUCUUUACUACCUUACACUCAGUCUGCUUCCACAUUUAGAUUACUUUCUGAUCCCUGUAGGCAGCUGAGGUUGUGACUCAAACUGAUUGGGUGUAUCAGCUAAAUAUGCCAUACUGUAAUAUAGUGAGGAAUUCAUUAAAAUUUGGGUCUGUCCUUAGAAAAAGAGAUAACAAGUGAGCAUCUCAUUAUUUUAAAUAUACCUAAAUGUCUAAGACUGGAUAACAUACACUCCAAAUUUGAAAUUAAAUAAUUUUUUAAACAUGUAUAGAAAAGAAAAGUUACCAGAAGAUAAUAGGAAAAAGUUAUCUCGAUUUCA